AUGCAACCAAGCAAUAUACUUCUAAUAUUUAUCUUUGGUUAUAUAACAUUAUUAGCCAUGACUUGUGCUCUUUCGGAACAACAAUAUCAAAGUGUCAAUAUGCGUAUGAAACGAGCAUUAGCAAACAAACGUUUCUAUGAUUUUGGUUCACGAUCAAUACAUACUAAUGAUGAUAAUUUACAAGAUUCAAAUGCUGAAUAUGGUCGUAUGCAACGAUUCUAUGAUUUUGGUACACGAAAACGUUUCUAUGAUUUUGGUUCAAAGAAACGUUCUAAUAAAUAA